AUGGGAAAUACUGACUCCAAAUCCAGUUCGAUCCUGCUGAACCACUGCAUCGCUCUGGUUCGACCGGAGGACGCAGAUGCGUCCUCCCCUUCACGUACGUCGUCGCCCUCGCCCUCCCUUUCAGUUGAUGCUGAUCCGUUGAGUUUAAACCUGUCAAUUUUUAAGCUGGAUUCUGGGCCUGACGUUGAAGCGUUGUUCAGCGACAAACCAAAUGUCCCGCUAGAUACCGUCUUCAACGAUUUUUACUUGGACUUCAUAUCAGUGGACGUGCAGGACUUCAGCAUUAACUCUAGUUUUAAAAAAAUCCUGCACAUUAUCUCUAGUUUGAACCCACCCAACUUCAACAACUUGAUUGUCUUCCUUUCGCUCUACAUUAUUCUUUCCGCGAACUCCUUGCCCGCUUCCCGUACGGGACUUCAUUCUUCGCGGCUUAUCAACGCCAUAAAGACCCUUUCCAUCCUCAUACCUAUUUAUUUUGACCGGGUCAAGUCUAGCACGCAGGACCAUUACGAUGUCUUUUGGGCCACGCAACAUGAAAUUGAGGGUCUUCCCUUGCAAAACAUCCCACUGGGAGAAAGACUACUGUUGGCGAUCUUGAAACUGGCUUUCCAAGAUAAUUUCACAACUGCCGUGACCGCCCACCCAAGCGAAUUGUGGGAAAUCGGCAUCUUGACUAAUUCCAACAAGUACCGCUCACUACUGAAUAUGCAUCAUCAGUGGCAUCUUUUUGCCAAUAGACUGCUUCUUUUACGUCUUUUGGCAGCUUUAUUUUCUUCGGACUUGUACACGAGCGGCGGUAAACAGGACAUAAACAUGUUUCUUGUCUACUGGUGUACUCAAAUGCCUAAGGACAAAAGCAUUCAAUUCACUUCCUCGCUAUUAAAUUGCACGAUGCGGUUUAUACUUAACAAUAAUAAAGACUUCCAGAGCUUGAAGGCUAAUUUUUUCAGCUCCGACGCCACCGCAAGUAAUUGGCAGACGCUUUAUUUUCAAUUUGUGCAGUCUUGUCUGCACGUUUUAAAUCUCUCCAUGUCAUAUAAGGCCCAAGACAAUGUCAUUACCAUUUUCCUCACCCAAUUACAGCGAGAGUACGAUUUAAAAUUAAUUCUUUCUAGUUUCAUUAAAAUUUUCAAAUACCCCAUCGAUCUCGCCAUAGAACAAGAAUCAAACAUUUUUAACUUCACAAACAAUAAACAUAUUGAUGCCAGCAGAAGGAGAGCCGUGUCGACGAGCUCUCACGAUAACAGUUCAUCUUCGCAUGCUUCGUUGCCUAGUUCAUCAUCGGCGGCAUACCAUACGAAACCGCAAACAAAGCCACAAUUACCAGAGAUUCAUCCUUUGUUGAUACCUAUGACUAUUCUCAUGACAAACUUGAUUGAUUGCAAUAAGUGUUUCCAAAAUUAUUUUGCAGACAAGUUUGCAAGUAGAUUCAUCAUUUUUUCCAUCUACUAUUUAAAGUAUUAUGAUUAUUCAUCGUUGUCGUCGUCUUCAUCAACAACACGCUCGAAUUCUUCCACCACGAGCAACGGCACAUCUAACGAUACGAGCAACGAGCGUUCUAUUGUGGAACUGAACGAAAAUAGCGUUUCACAGAUCUUGUUACCUUUACUCAAUCAUCUUCUCCUGAUUUUGACUUCAAAAAAACUUGUUCUCUUCAAAAUGCUACAGACUUUCAACCUUAAUUAUUAUACAAAUAAUUUGCCAAAUUUCUACAAACUCUCCAACAUCAACGGCGAUAUAAAUAAUUUGACGUUCAGAGAUUUUACAGUCAUACAAUUAUCGAAUUUGAUUUUAGACAACAUUAAAUUCAAUUUACAACCGAAUCCGAUUUUUUAUGAAUUGAUUUACAAUCUGCUGCCAAUUAAUGACGAAAUUUUGACCAGUUCUCACAAAAAUGAUGAUUCACAUGACGAUUUAAUUCUAUUAUCAGCAAAGAAGAAGUCCGCAUCACCAAGUGCAGCCACCUCUAGUCAUACAUCCUCGUCCAAACUAUCCUACAAUGCUGCAAUGUCCCUACUUUACGUUCUUUCUAAGUCAUCAAAUAAGGUUUAUCUGACAACUUACGCUACGCCUGUCUUCAAGACAAAAGAUAUACCGUAUAUGAUCUCACCGGGUUUCAAAAUGGAUUUGUUGGCGUUAUUAUUAAGGUCAAUCACAAUAUUUUUCACCUUAUAUUUUGACGAUGCGGAGAAUCUACUAUUUGCAAUGGUGAGACAUCAGUCCAUCACUCACCAAAUAAAUGACUCUAUAAAUUCUAUAUCCAAGGCCUUAGACAUGAAUCCAAAUUUAAAUUCGCAUAUCAUGACCUUGAAGCAAAUGGGAUUCAACCGGAAAGUCCAAUGGAAGGAUUUCUAUCAAUUUGAAGAGAUAACUGAUUUGCCUCAAGUCAAUCUUUAUUCUUCAGCAAAUCAACAACAUCAAAAUCAGCAACAAGGCCAAAAUGACAAUCGAGGCCAAAAUCAAAAUGAGGACCCAGGUCAAGAAAACGAAUCUCCAACUCCUUAUUUGCUUUUCAAUCCUGCGUCAUUAGAAAAUGAAACACCUGGGACAGUUAAGCAUUUUUCAAGUACGAAUCAUGAUAAGAACUACCAAGUCAUUGCAUUCAUUGAUUUCAAGUCAGAUUCAAAUCUGAAUUUGCAACAUCAAUUAGAGUAUUGGCCACAUAGACCUCAAUGGCCUACACCACUAACGUUUACUCACAAAUGUAAAAAUCCCAAAUAUGAAAAUUUUAAUGAAGUUUGGUCCGGUACAGUUUAUUUACAAAUUCUUUUGCGGGUUAUUAAGCAAAUUUUGUCGAAGGUUCCUGAAAUUCCGAGAAUUAAAUCGGUGCAAUAUUUCGAAACUUUAUCGAAACUGUCGGCUCUUAGAUCUGAUAUAUUGACCACAAUUCAUCCCCGGUUACCACUGGAUGUUCGACGAUUGACAACUUUUCAGCCUUUGUCUAUGCAUACUAAUGAUAAGCUGUUGAUGUGGUUCCACAUUGCCACAUGGGCAAAUAUUUUCACGCAGACGUCGUUUAAAUACGAGGAAACUUUUUCGCAUGAAUUGAGGCAAUUUGAAUCUCUUUUGGAUAUUAGUAUUGACGAAUGUGAAGGCAAUACCAUUUCAAAGCCUACAACAGAUCGUUUGGGAUACAUACGAAGAUCAAGAGGUCAAUCUUCUGUAAGCUUAGAAAGAACAAUAAGCGCUGGCUCAGGUGUAAGUACCCCAACAAUGGCAUUAAAUAGAACAAAAAGUAACGGAAGUGGCAACUUGAUGAAUUAUUUUUUUCAGAACACAGCGCAAAAUCACUUUCAGCAUUUAAGAUCGUCUUCGUCUUCGUCCUCCAUUACUUUAGAGAAGACUACUUCUAAUAGUUCUUCAAUAAGAACUAGACCAAAUUCUCAUCAUGUUGCUCCUGAGACUAAUAACAAUAAUUCCACUAAUGGUAAUAGCAACAACAGUAGUAACGGCGGAUUUUCAUUUUUCAAAUGGAAAUGGGGUGGAAAUAACAGCAAUGGUGGCAGUGAUGACACCAAGGCUAGUCAAAGAGAUCCAAAUGUCAGCACGUCAAUCAUUACAGAUAAUUUGAAUAGUUAUAUGUUUGAAGAAGAAAUUAGUCCCGGCGUUGUAAACAACAUAAUUGAAAAUAACAUUUGGGUUGGAACCGACAUCCGACUAUUUAAGAUCGCAAACUUCAGAAAAGAAUCUUUUUCAUUUCUGGAAAUGACAUCUUCUUUUUUCAAGAAAUUUAAAUUCAUUAAUAGCGAUAAUGACAAUUAUAAUAAUAACGAAUUUGAUGAUAAUACACAGUUAAGAUAUACCUCUAGAGGGUUGUAUAGAUAG